CAUACCGCCCUCUGUGGGCACCAUGGCGCGAUCGAUGAGGCUGUUUCUGAUCCGUCAUGGGGAAACAGUCGACAAUGUCGCGCAACUCUAUGCCGGUAGUAGAGAUUCAGCCCUCACCAACCACGGCUACCAACAGGCCACUCGUCUGGGUCUGCACUUCAAGUCUCUCGAUUUGACGUUUACCCACAUCUUCUCGUCACACCUCCAGCGAGCUGUGAAGACGGCUGGAAGAAUCCGAGAUGCUCAGUUCGCGUCGACCGAUGAUGACAACACUGUGAAAGCAGUUCCUGAUGUUAAGCAGCUACCAGUGCUGAUGGAGAAGGACUUCGGUUCGAUGGAAGGGAAGAAAUUCCACGAUCGACCGGAGAACAAGGAUACGACGAGCUUCGCGGAUGCCGAGUCGAAAGACAGCAUGGCGCGUCGAGCUGACUCAUUCCUCAAUGAGCAUCUCUUGCCGCUCCUCGAUGAAGCGUCGAAAGACGCCGACCUCGUGGUUGCGAUAGUCUCGCACGGGAUCUUCCUCUCUACCCUUUGGAGGCGCCUGCUGUUGCACCUUCCACAUAAAAGCGUUGCGCUCUCUCCGGGGCUCCAAGCAAUAGCGCGACCAUCGCUCGAGCAUCUGGGUGGCUGGUCCAAUACUGGCUAUCUCGAGUUGCGCAUGACGAGGAUAGACCGUGGUGAUUCCACUGUCGUUGCGCAGGUACCUGCUGUACCUACGCUAGAACGUUGUUCAUCGCUUGUAGAGAUGCCAGCUACCAAUGAAGAUCUGGAUGAGACCGAGGCAUCAGAUCCCGCGACUGAACAUGGUUCUGCACGCCAGCAGGUUUCCCAAGUGCCUACUCGGGCAGCCGUCGCAGCCUCGCCAGCCAUUAGACCGCGCAUUGCGAGAGGAUGGUCCUCUACCAUUCUUGCGAUUAAUGGUAAAGACCAUCUCCGCGGCAUCAAACGCACUCGUGGCGGUAUCGGAAGUUCUCGUCACGAUGCAUCGCAGAGCAGCAUCAAGAUCUUCUUCAAACGUUGCAAAACUGUUUGAAGUCAUCGAUGAUUAUGUCUGGUGCGUCCACCCAGAAUCAUGCAUCUCAUGCUCUAAUUGGAAAUCAAUACAAAUCCUUCUUUUGCACAUAGUCCUUCAUCUUGACCCAUUUCACUGCAUGAAUCCUUGUACCGUGACUCCAUCACACAGCAUCUCCAAGGUUACACUGAAUUUGACGUCUAGACCGUGCUGGCUCUUGAAGCCAAGACAAGGCGGUCCACGCUCUGUCGCUUUCCGUACUCUGCGCUGGCGGUGGAAUAACCACGACUCGGCUCUCCAUAUGCUGCUAGUCAGUGCCACGGUGAUUCGCAGAU